GGCAGAGUGAACAUUUCUAACUCGUACCGGGAAUGAAUCCGUAAAAAAUUAAGCAUGUGUUAUUAUGUAAAUUGAUAAUCAUGCAAAUUGUGUGACGGACUUGGCUUGAUAAGCCGGAGAAAGUUGGUGUUGAUCAGACAUCUCUCAUGGGAGGAGAAAGUAAAUGGGGAAGUUGUAUUGCGAAAUAGUUUAUGAUAAGUGAUAACAAAGCUGAUAAGUGUCGGAGUUUGGUAUUUUGGGAUCAUUCCACGAAUAAUUCGGAACAAGACGCGCAUGCUCAUAUAGUUGAGACUUUAAACUGAAACGUUACAUUCAGACAAACGCAGGACCAAUUUACAUUCCAGGACAGAAAAAUGUCCAAAUUCGAUAUAUUGGUUCGAGAUACAUUAUGGACGUAUUUUAUACCAUUCGGUCUUCUUGGAUUUGUUAUUAUUGUUGUGUUGACAGAUUCAUUGAGAGAUCUGCAAAAAAGAAUUUUCAAAUGGAUGAUGAAGGAAUUCGCCGAAGUCCAUGAACAACUCCUUUCUGACAUAAAAGACGCAUUAUUCGACGAUUUAAGACAGAUCGAGUCAAAAGUGGUGGAUUUGAGAAAUAAAGGAGUAAUUCGAAUUUUAGAAAUUGGAGUUGGAGCAGGAACUAAUCUCAAAUACUAUCCCCAACAAUGUCGCUUAGUUCUCGUUGACCCGAAUUUCUACUUUAAGCUAUAUUUUGACGAAAAUAAAUCAAAGUUCCCAGAUAUCAAUUUGGAAAAGUUCAUUGUUUCUUCUGGGGAAAAUCUGAAAGGUGUCGCCUCUAACAGUGUGGAUGUUGUCGUCACCACCACCGUUUUAUGUUCGGUGGAAAAUGUUAAAAGUGUUCUGAGAGAAAUUCGACGAGUUCUUGUCCCUGGAGGACGAUACUAUUUCAUGGAACAUUUAUUAGACGAAUAUGUCCCACAUCGCACCCAACUCCAAAAGGCCUUAACAUGGAGUCGGAUUUGGCCAUGGCUCUGCGACGGUUGCAAAUUUCUGCCUAUUCGUUCAGAAAUUUCUCUCUGUGGUUUUUCCACCGUGGAUUACAGAGAAUUUAUGUUGGAUAACUCUAAUUUGAAGGGAAAAGUAAAGCUCUUGGCAACUCUCAUGGCGCCACAUAUUGUGGGUAUCGCUAAAAAGUGAUCCAUCGAUUACUCAAAUCUAUAAUAAUGAAAUGUAUGGUGCCUACAUGAUAUUUUACUUAUACAUAUACCGGUGGAAUUGUCUUCCUUAGAUCUGUUACAAAGCUUAUGAAGCAAAAAUUUAAUAAAUAUAAGCAUUUAAUUGUUAAUUAA